UGUCCGACUCUCAGCGACCUCAUGGACUGCAGCCCACCAGGCUCCUCCGUCCAUGGGAUUUUCCAGGCAAGAGUACUGGAGUGGGGUGCCAUUGCCUUCUCCAAUUUCAUGCUCUACUCCCUUAAAAGAAACACAAUUGUUCCAAACCCAUUUGCUGUAAAUUUCCAUGGUUUUCAACUCUUUUCAUUUCCGUAUCCAUCUUUUUUUGUGAUUCUCCUUUCCCUUUUCCAUGAAUCUUUGUUGCUUUUUAUCAUGUCUUUCUUUUCUACCACCACCUUUUGGGGCAGCCUCUCUCUGUAAACUCCUAGGAUUCAGCUCUAUAGUGCACAUCAAGUCUACAACCUGCUUUUUGUACUGCAGAAACUCUCAGCCCUAGGAGUGUUGUGAUGUGUUUUGAUUUCUUCUUUCCUGGCAGCCAUGCUCCUCGUCUCUGUAGACAUGGAGUCCUGAGCUGGGACCUCUGGAUGCUAGAGGGUCAAUCCUGAUGCCUGUCCUUUGAUUUUUGCCUCUCUGAACCCUGUAUAUUCUCUUCAUUCUUCCAGAAACUAUCAACGAUUUUUUUUUUUUUUUUUUCACAAGACCCCUCUUUCUAUUGCAAUACUUCUCCUUCAGCCCCUGCAAUUCUGGUAGAACUGGCAAUCCUAUCCUUCAUAGUGCAUCACUCAGGGCUAGCCAAUCAUAGCAUUUUAUCCCUCCUAAACUGCACGGAUUGGUUCAAGGUGAGCCAUCUGACCCAAGUUGUGCAAGAGUAUCCAAUGAACUUAAAUAGUUAGAUACUGUCUCCUGGGAUUGAGUACUGUGAGAACACUGUAAAUUAGAACUACCUGCAGCUAUCUUUUCUAACUCCAUGGAGAAAGAUACAUACAACAAGAGGAUAAUAUCCCUGGAAUAACCCUCAAGCAAUAAACAGUGGAAAGGAACCCUUACCUUGGAGCGCCAAAGAAGUCUCAAUUGGGCAUUUCACAAGUGGUCAGUCUUGGUCUCAGAUUUACACAAAGAGGGCUGGAACUGACCUCACUGGAGGGCACAAUUUAUGUGGUGGAGCCAGUGACCGAGUGUGGAAUACGAUCCAGACCCCUUGUCAUGGCGGCUGAAAUGCUCCCAUCAGACCCUUCUUACUCACUGGUGAUUCAAGGCAUCUCAGUGCUUAAAGGGACCUUGGAGUUAACCUCCUUCAGCUCCAUCCUUUCCCAGUAUAAUUGAGGCUCCGCUUCCAGUGGCAGGGUCUGGGGAAGGGGUGGCAGGUGCCAUGUCGGGCCACGAAGGUGGCAAGAAGCAGCCCCUGAAGCAGCCCAAGAAGCAAGCCAAGGAGAUGGAUGGGGAAGAUAAGGCAUUCAAGCAGAAGCAGAAGGAGGAGCAGAAGAAGCUCGAGGAGCUAAAAGCAAAGGCCGCAGGGAAAGGCCCCCUGGCCACGGGUGGAAUUAAGAAAUCUGGCAAAAAGUAAGCUGUUCCUUGUGCCUGAGGCAACGAUGACCCUUAGUUCCAUUCCUGUUUAAACCCCUGGAUUCCCUGCCAUAAUAUCUGUUGCCUUCUAUAGCUAGAAUGAAGUGUUGUCUUGGAACCUAUUGUACAUUUAAGAAUAAACUUUUGUAAAAAAAAAAAAAAA